UUCGACCAACGACCAAUCGCCUCUUUAUAUAAGGUGUGCCCGCCGCGAUCCCUCUCCCUCACCACACCGCAAGCAAAUCCACAGCAAGCAAGUUUCUCCAGCCAACCAAACUCCCGGCGAUCACCUGCUCCGCCGCCUAAGUCUCAUCGUCCACCGCCCGGCUUCCAACAAUGGCCUGCACCCAGGGGGUAUUGUUCGACGUGAACCUGAUCGAGAACAGCGCGCUGGAGGACGGGCUGUCCGGCUGGUCGCCGGUGGGGACGUGCACGGCGCUGUCCGUGGUCGAGGAGGAGCCGGCCAAGGUCCCGACGGAGACGAUCAACGACGUGGCGGACGGAUACAGGCCGAGCGGGCGGUACAUCCUGGCGUCGGGCCGCGCCGACGAGGCGGACGGCCUGCGCCGGCCGAUCGCGGCCGCCGCGCUCAUCAAGCCCCGCGUCACGUACCGCGUCGCCGGCUGGAUCGCCCUCGGCGGGGACGGCGCCACCGCGGGGGACAGCCACGCGGUGCGCGUCAACCUCCGCCUGGACGACGACGACGGGUGCGUCGUCGAGGGAGGCGCCGUGUGCGCGGAGCCCGGCAAGUGGACGGAGAUCAAGGGCGCGUUCCGGCUCAAGAAGAGCCCCUGCGCCGCCGAGGUGUACGUCCAGGGCGCGCCCCCUGGCGUCGACGUCAAGGUCAUGGAUCUCCAGGUCUUCGCCACCGACCGCAAGGCACGGUUCAGGAAACUCAGGAAGAAGACUGACAAGGUGCGCAAGCGGGACGUGGUGCUCAACUUCGGCAGCGCGGCGGCGUCGGGCAUCUCCGGCGCGUCCAUCCGCGUGAUGCAGAUGGACAGCAGCUUCCCGUUCGGGACCUGCAUCAACACCAACGUGAUCCAGAACCCGGCGUUCGUGGACUUCUUCACCAAGCACUUCGACUGGGCGGUGUUCGAGAACGAGCUCAAGUGGUACCACACGGAGGCGCAGCAGGGGCAGCUCAACUACGCCGACUCCGACGCGCUGCUCGACUUCUGCGACCGGUACGGCAAGCCCGUGCGCGGGCACUGCAUCUUCUGGGCCGUCGAGAACACGGUGCAGCAGUGGGUCAAGAGCCUCGACGCCGACGGGCUCACGGCGGCGGUGCAGGAGCGGCUGACGAGCCUGCUCACCCGCUACGCCGGCAGGUUCCCGCACUACGACGUCAACAACGAGAUGCUGCACGGGAGCUACUACCAGGACCGCCUCGGCGACGACAUCAACGCCUUCAUGUUCCGGGAGACGGCGCGGCUGGACCCGGGCGCCACGCUCUUCGUCAACGACUACAACGUCGAGGGCGGCAACGACCCCAACGCGACGCCCGACAAGUACAUCGCGCAGAUCGCCGCGCUGCAGCAGAAGGGCGCGGCGGUGGGCGGCAUCGGGCUGCAGGGGCACGUCACCAACCCCGUCGGGGAGGUCAUCUGCGACGCGCUCGACAAGCUCGCCACCACCGACCUGCCCGUCUGGCUCACCGAGCUGGACGUCAGCGAGUCCGACGUCGACCUCCGCGCCGAGGACCUCGAGGUGGUGCUCCGGGAGGCGUACGCGCACCCGGCCGUCGAGGGCGUCAUGUUCUGGGGCUUGAUGCAGGGCCACAUGUGGCGCCAGGACGCCUGCCUCAUCAACGCCGACGGCACCGUCAACGACGCCGGCGAGAGGUUCGUCGAUCUCCGGAGGGAGUGGACAUCGCACGCGCGCGGGCAUAUCGACAGCGCUGGCCACUUCAAGUUCAGGGGGUACCACGGCACAUACGUCGUGCAGCUCGCGACGGCGACGGGGAAGGUGCACAAGACGUUCUCCGUCGAGAAAGGGGACACCCCUCUCGUGCUGGACAUGAACCUUUGACGAACACUUCUACCAUUCCCUACUAGUUAUAUACAGCCUUGAAAAAGGUCGUAGCCUUAUACUGAUAUACAUACGUACGUACUACUACGACAUAUGGCAUUGAUUUGAUCGAACGGGAAGUGCAGAAGAAAUGGAACGCAAACAGAAAGCACUCCAAUUUUAAUUACAUAUCUAUCUAUGAUUGGUAUUGUAAGAGAAACUUAAGGUAUUGUACUCCUUAAGAAUUAUUGGUGAUUGGUGAAUAAAGUGAACGAGCUAUUCCUCGUUUUGUAGUAAACCA